AAAAGGCCCCCACACCAGAGAAAGGGGGGUGGCACUUGGUAGAAUUCCUAAGAGCGAAGGCGUAGGAGUUCCGAUAGGGCAAGAAGGGGCAAAAACGUUUGGCAUUACUUUGCCCUAGAUUGGAGAAUAUCAGAGGUGUGGCCGCACUCUGUUCGGAUGCUAGGCUCAAGUCUGUUUUAAUAAAGAUUGCUCUAUCAUUCCACCCAGCCUUGCCUCCGCAGAAUUUUUUAUCAACAUACUACACGCCGACACCUUUGAGGAAGACAGCCCAGAAACUACAUUACAAAAAUAAAAAAAUCAUUAGACAGGCUGGAUUCUUUGAAGUACCUUGAUUUAUACUCCAAUAAUCAUUUGACUGAUAAAUUGGCUACACCAAUAUGACAGCCAGUGUUGGUUUAUUCAGUAUAUGUUAUCAUUUUUAUCCCUAAACAAUAUCACGUUUUUAUCUGCAUCCUUUUCCCUUCACUUUUUUUUUGUUAGGAGCAAUCUGCUUUUUCCCCCAAAAAUGUGUCAAUUUAAAGAUUUAAUAUGUAAAAUGUCCACAUCAAAAGGAGCGCUUUGUAACAUGUGGCCGGUAUUUUAGUUUAAAACAUUUUUAAAAAUUUGCUCACAUUACCGACAGAGUGAGGAAAAACCCGCGAGUUCACAUAAUGCCAAACAUGUCCAUGUGUCUUUGCAGAGAUGUCUACUGAAGUUAGCAUGCUAACCCGCUAGCCCCUAGCCCGUCCUGUCUUGCACUUUGUAUUGACAGCUAGCAAAUAUAAUGCUAGCUGUUAGCAUAAUGAAUGAGCAAAAUAAACCCACAAAAUGUCAAGAAAUAAAUUCAAGUUUCUCUCUUUUACCAGAAUAAGACGAGCUACUUGGCUCGUUUACUCACUGUAAAACACACUUUAUUCAAACUCCACAUACUCUGAGUUAAACUCAAUUGAGCCGUCUUUGUCCAUCGUUGAACAGUCAUCCUACAGUGUUCUGGUCUGGUUGAAAUAAACCCUCCAUUUACAGAGUAAGGUGUGAAAAUAUUCCAGCUCUACACACUGUUUUCGCUCCGCUGCAGAUGCCCGACUCUCUGACGAUGUCCCGCAAACUCUAGCUAGCUCUUCCUAGCUAGCAAAGAGCGGCAGUUGUCGGUUUCUUUGGUGAUAUGCUACUCACUAUACUAUUCACGUUAAAAUGACUAGACAUUAUUUAUAUAUUUUGUUCGGUAUUCCAAAUGUUAUCAACUAGAGAAAUCGGUCAUUUCAUCAAGGUAACAGUGCGUUUCAUUUCAGCGCCUGUUAAUCCAACUUUUGUGGAAAUACCAGAUGUGACAGUUCACAAUGGAAGACACCAUUGAGGUAAUUCUUCAAGACCACAGCCGGGUCCUCUCGACCGACAGACCCCAUCCCGCCUUCUCGGCCUGCCUGGGAGUCCUGCUCACAGGCGUGUACGGAGUAUGGAGCCUGUUUGCUACCCCUGGCUUCCGCAGAGUCCCCUGGAGACUCAAGGUUCCUUAUCUGCCCUCCAGUAAUGAUCAGACUCUGAAUAUUAUGAAGCUGCUUGAAGGACGAACAGGUCGCUUAGCAGAUCUGGGAUCUGGAGAUGGAAGAGUGGUGUUCGCAGCCUCUUCCGCCGGUUUCCGGUGCACCGGCUUUGAGAUCAACUCCAUUUUGGUGACCUAUGCCAGGAGCAAAGCCCACUGGAGAGGAGUGUCCUCUGGCCAGGCGACCUUUGUGAACAAAGAUUUUUGGAAGACUGAUUUGUCUGCGUACAACAAUGUGACAGCCUUCCUUGCCCCAGGAGUGAUGGAGGUGCUGGGUGAGAAGCUGUUGAAAGAGCUUCCUGAUGAUGCGCGUGUCAUCGCUUGUCGUUUUCCUUUCCCCGACUGGCCUCAGGAAUCAUCUGCCGGCUCCGGUCUGGACCAGACUUUCGCUUAUGACAUGGGCAGCGUGCGUUCACACUUGAGAAAAGAACCAAACACGGCUGUGUGAUGAGUCCCAGUCAACAGUUAAUGUUGUUUCACAGCACUGUCGUUCUCUACGGCACUAAAUCCUUCAGAGGCUUUUGUGUUUUCGUCAACCAGAAUUGAGGAACAAUGUGACAUUUAAAGGAAUGCCAUGCAAAGAAGCUAAACAAAUCUUAGCAGAUAGUCACUGAGACGCUCCAGAGAAAUCAGUUGAUGAUCCCCAUGAAGGACGUCAUUGAACGCCGGGGAGAUGCGAGGGGCCAUGAGUAAGAAUGAUGUCAGGAUGGUUCUGACAUCACUUCGCCCCUGCGGUGUUUGUCCAAUCUAUUAACUGCCAGAACAGACCAAACCUUUACUGUCACUCCUGUUCCUGUUUAGUAAAUACCAUCACAGCACUCCCAUCUAAUCUGCCAUGGCCUCGGUGGUAACACUUCAUAUUAGUGGGCACAUACUAAACAUGACCAUGCUUAUUAAUAUGCAUAGCAGUAGCAUAUCGGUUGUUUAUUAGUUCUUACUAAGCACCAAUUAAUGCCUUAUUCUGUAGAACCAUAAUCUACAACUGAUCGGCCAUUCAUUCGCAACACCUCGCUGUAGAAAGGGGAACUUAUUCUGCAUUAUAAAGACUUAAUUUUGAUUUGUGUGCACACUAUUAACACUUGUUAUAUGUUUCGUUAUAUAAGAACAGAAGUGUUAUGAGGCCAGCACUGAGAUAAGCAGUAAUAGGGGAAUUGAGGGAAAACUCUUAGUAAAUGUCCCAGAAUAAGGUCGUGCAGAAUAAGGCAAUAAUGUGUUUUAUAAUGACUCACACAGAGACAAUAUGCUACCAAUGUGCUUAAAAAUAAGUUGACGAUGGUUCAUAUUUACCUAAAUAUAAAGUUGUAAUAUAAUUUCAUUUCCACACCGACACUGAUAAACCUGUAUAGCAGCAGGGUUCUUUGGAUGUGACUGAAAAGCUUUUUUGUCCCUGUAGUCGGGGGUGUUAUUAGAUUUUGGAUGUUGUGUUUACUUGUGUUUAUUCCAAAAAGAAAAUUAUGUGAAUGGAUGUUUCUCCAGCUCAAGGCCAUUCUGAGAUUCGUUUCUGUCUCCCAGACGGCUAUUGAGGCUUUUGCACACGGGUGUUUGUAUCUUGUGUGCAGCUUCUUCACAGGUGAUGGGUAAUGAUCUGUUUUACCUGACUCGUGAGGGUCUUAUGGAAAAUGUCACUGGGUAGAGAAAGAAGCACUUUCACCACUUUCGUGGUUAUAUAAGUAACCGGCCGUCUGUUUGUGUGUCUGUUAAUAGUCAAAUUUGCUGGAAUAUUAGACAGUUGGCUAAUGAACAAGUCAUUCGUUUUUGGUUUUGUGUCAAAAUCUGAGUUUAUUAAAGGCAUAUUAAGCAGAA